AUGUCGUCGGUAUGUUACAGGAUCCUACAGUAACCCAGGGUCAAGAUACAGUAACCUUAUCAUGGCGCUUAAGUAGAGAUUGAAUAAAUUGUACACGGAAAGCCUUGAAAUCGAUAAUUUAAUUCUUUGUGUCUUUCCGUAUAAGGCUAGUCUACAGUAAUCCAGCUCCGAGCUACAGUAACCUUUGAGAACUUGGAAGGAGAUACUGUUUAUCUUUAGAAUUUCCCUAGAAGAUCUACAGUAACCUAAACUAGUCAGAAAUGCUAUACAGUAACCUACAGUAGUCACAUAUGCUCUAUAGCAAUCUGAAGUAGUCAAAUAUGCUCUACAGUAACCUGCGGUACUCAAAUAAACUCUACAGUAACCUACACUGUCGAAAUAAUACAAUAAUCUCUUCGGCAUCACAUUUUUAAUCAGCUAAAGAAGGAAAAGCGUAAUGAAAACUGAAGAGCUCGAUUCAACCGUGUAUACAGUGCCCCAACUCCGAUCUCUAGAAUAUAUACUGUAGUAUCACCAUACCGUAAUCAUUCAGGGAUCAUCCUCCUACACUGGAAGCUCGCGCUCCUCAGCUAGCUCUCGUGUUGUUUCCAUUGACAUUGUCAUCUCUUCUCCUGAGGUACCGUAUGACAAAAUAACUACAGUAACCUAUCGUAAGCUAAUUUUCAGGAGGACGAGCCGAGAAGACCCCGUCGUGGCCGUUCUUCAUCGGUUUUGACUUUUUUUAAUUUUUAAAGUUUUAAUAAAUAAUAAAUAAAACUUACAGCGCACCAGCUAUGCAUCAACGGAAUCGCCCAGAACCCGAUCUACCUCGGUAAUUUUUCAUAAUAAUUUUUUGUAAAUAUUUUUUUCUCUAGGCUACGUCUCAACGCAGCUCGGUAAGGCAGAACAUGGGUGCGAAACAGCGAGAGGAGCGCCGGUGAUCUCGUGGUGUAGUGGUUAUCACAUCUGUCUAACACACAGAAGGCCGGCGGUUCGAGCCCGCCCGAGAUCAAACUUCUUUUGCCAUUUUUCCUUUAAAGAUUUUUCGGUAGCUUUCAGCAAGACGCUUGUAAAUGACGUCAUUUUUUUUUUGUUCAAAUGACGUAUAUAAAAUUUUUGAUAGGUAUAAUGGAAAGUUGAAUGAAAGAGUGAAAAAAAAAUUUUGAUUAGAUUGGUUUUUUGUUUCAGAGCCGCAGAUCUAGGAGUUCUUCGGCUUCUGGAAGCAGCUCUAGACGGUCGAUCUCAACCAGAAGAUCAUCAAGCCGUUCAACGAGGGUUUGAAAGAAUAAAAAAAUCGAAUUUUUUUAAAUUUUCAUUUUAGCGGACUCCCAGGUCGGCCUCUUCUCGCCGUUCUCGUCUUUCUAGCCGGUCCACCUCGGUAAUUUUUUUUUUUCUAAUUGAUUGCAGUUAUCACUAUUUCCUUAACUCUUGAUUCAAUUACAUGAAAGAGUGAGUUGGAAAAAAAAUUAAGUGAAUUUUGACGAAAUUUUAACUUCUUCUUAACUGUUUUGUUUUAAUUUUCUUAGCCCCUCAAAAUUUAUUCUUUCAGAACAGCCGUCGUCGCCUCGGCCGCUCCAGAACUCCAAGAUCGACAAGGACUUCUGCUUCCAGCCGAUCGCCAGCCUUGGUGAGAAAGCAAGAUGGACCAUUUCUGGAAUAAUUUCCAUACAAAGACUAUAAAAACGAGCAGAAUGAAAGAAAAUACAUAUCGAUAUAUAUAUAUAUAUAUAUUAGAGUUCUCAAAAGUAAAUGUUUGAACGAACGUUCAACCAAACAUUUCCCGAACGUUUGAUGAAUUCGACCAAUUAGUUAAAUUUCACAUGAACCGUUUGUUAAAAAAACUUCAUUUUGGUUAAAUUUCAUAACUGAGCAUUUAAAAAAAUGAACAAUUACUUAUUUUUUUCGAAAAAAAUUUGGUUAAAAAAAUGAACAUUUAAAUUUCAUUUUUGAAGUUUUUUUGGUCAAAAAAAUAAACAUUUAAAAUUCAUUUUAGAAAUUUUUGGUCAAAAAAAGUGAACAUUUAAAAAUUCAUUUUGGAAAUUUUUGGUCAAAAAAAGUGAACAUUUAAAUUUCACUUUUUGAAAAAUUUUUGGUCAGAAAAAGUAAACAUUUGAAGUUCACUUUGAAAAUAAAUUUUUGGUCAAAAAAAUGAACAUUUAAAAUUCAUUUUUAAAAAUUUUGGUCAAAAUAGUGACCAAUCAAAUUUAACUUUGAAAAUUUUUGUUUAAAAAAAGGUAAACAUUUAUUCAUUAAUUAAUUCAUUACUAUUACGGCACUUGGCAGUAUCUGUGCCAGAGUCAAUUCUAUCUCAGUCUCUCCAAAUGAAAUCUUGAAUCGAUUACUUCGAAAUUCAAACUAAUUUCUGGUUAUAAAUUAAUAAAUCUGUUGGAAAACAGUGAUCUGGAUGGUCAAGGGCAAAGCUAAAAGCCGGUUAAGGCCGAGAAAAAUUAUAUAGAACCGGUCAAAAAAAUGAGCAGAACGAAAGAAAGGUGCUAUCUGGAUUAAUUGAAUGAGGAAAAAGAAAAAAAGUAUUGAUUUGGAUUUUUGGUUCGGAAAAGUCCAGGUUCGGAAAAAUUAUCGGCCAAAAAAAUGAACAUUUAAUUUUUCACAGUUGAAAAAAAAUUUUUUUCUAAGAAAAAAAGUAAACAUUUAAAAAUUCGUUUUGAAAAUUUUUGGUCAAAAAAAUGAACAUUUAAAAUUUCUCUCUUGAAAAUUUUUGGUCAAAAAAAGUAAACAUUUAAAAUUCAUUUUGAAAAAUUUUGUUCAAAAAAAUGAACAUUUAAAAGUUCAUUUUGAAAAUUUUUGGUCAAAAAAAGUAAACAUUUAAAGUUUCAUUUUUGAAAUUUUGGUCAAAAAAAGUAAACAUUUACUUUUCACUUUGAAAAAAAUUUGGUCAUUAGGACGAACAUUUAUUUACUAGUCAGAAUAUGAUUGUUUAGAAAAUGACCAUUUAUUUUUUUCAGUCAUUAUUUGAAAAAGUCACAAAAUGAAAAGAAUGAAAGUGAUCAAUUUUUGGUUGAUCUUUCAAAAAAACGACAUUCGUUUGAAAUGUCAAAAAGAAAAAUUUUUUUCGUUUUUUUGAAAAAAAUUUCAUUUUUUUCAAUUGGUCAUUUUGAGAACUCUAAUAUAUAUAUCUUGAAAAAAGAAAUAAAAAGAAAAAAUGAUUUUUGAGUUAAGCGCGCUCCAUGGAUAACAGGGCCAAUUUUUUUUUCAUUUUUCUCUUUUUUUUCUGUUGGUUUUAGUCAUCCUAAUAGAAACAGAAAGGUCCUCUGUUAGAUUAGAAUGAUUGAAAAGUUGCAACUGGAAAAAAAAAAAAAAGCCUCUAUUUUUUUACUUGUUUUCUUAGUUCAGAAUUUCGAAAGAGAAAAAAUUCACUUUUAUUGGUUGUUUGGAAGGUUAUAUCAGUGUCUAUAAGAUUCCUUUUCAUAAGUUUUACGAAAAAAGGGAAAAUAACUCUAAACAAUGCAAGAUUUUUAGUUUCUGGCUUAAAUUCUUUGUUUUUUUUCAAUCCGCUCUGGUUCGUAUCUCACAUUUUCAUCAUUUUUUUGAGUUGAAUUUUUUUUUUCUCAAUUUCUUGUUUUUCAGAAUGGCCGCCGUCGUCCGAGCCGCUCCAGAACUCCAGGAUCAGCCAGAACUUCGACUUACAGUCGAUCUCCAGCUCCGGUACAAAAAUUUGAUGAUUUUUCCUUUAACUUAAAAAUUUCCCAGUCCUCUUCCGGCUCCAGUCUUUACACUUCUGCUUCGGUAUUUUUUUCAAAUUCUCUCUCGUUUUAAAAGUAUUUUUCCAGCCCAAAAAGUACCGCAAGACGCCGCGAGUGCUCUUUAGGAACCCUCCGACCGAGGUGAAUUUACUUUUUCAAGGGAAUUUUGUUGAAAAAUUGAUUUUAGAGCUAUUCGGAGCGUAUGGCCGCCGCUUCAACUCCGCGACGUUUGUACUCGGCGAAAAAGGAAGAGGAAAGACGGGUGGAAAUUACGGAAACACCCAGAAGAACCCGGGUUUGAUUUGAUAGAAAAAAAUACUAUUCGUAGUUUUUUUACAGUGCUAGGUCCGAAAAAGUUUCCUAUUUUUUUAACUGCUUUUUCCCGUUCCUUGAAUCAAUUUUUUUCAGAUAAAAGUGAAAAUUUUUAAUAAAAAAAGAACCUUAAAAAAAUUAAGCUUUUUACUUCAUUGAAAUUCAUGUUUUUUGAAAAUUCUUGUCCUUGACUUUUCUUUUUUUGAGUCUAUUUUUUUCAGAUGGUUUUUUUCAGAAAAAAACCAGUGUUUGAUUAAUUUUUCUUAUUUAGUAAAAAAAGGCUUUUUUUAAAGGAUGACUAGGUACAUAAACAUCUAUUUUUCUUUAAAUUAUUUUUUUUUUUUUUGAGUUUAUUUUUUUCAGAUAGUUGAAAAAAACUUGAAGCCUUUAUUUUCAAAAUCGUAAAAAUGUAUAUAGUGUCUUGCGAAAAUCGGAAUUUUUUUCUGAUUCUGAAAAUUUUUUUUUCUUUUUUAUGGUUUUUUGAAAUCGCGAAACCAUUUAAAAUUUCGCUUAAAAAUAAAUUUUGAGGCCGAAAAAUGAGAAUUAUUGUUUAAUUCAUAAGAAAACGGUUCCUAAAUACUCUCAAUCGCCUUGUUAAGGCGCAUUUUUCGUCUCAUUUUUAGCAAAAAUUUUUUGGAUGCGUACCUUGAGCCAUUGAAAAAAGGGUCCUGACACGAUAAUGCACGAGAUAGUGCCUGAAUCGUGGAGAGAGCAGACAGGCCACGCCCCUUGAGCCAGCCGUGAAUCGGCUAUAACAUCUUUUACUUUUAUUCAAAAGGAACUUUUUCCAGGGCUUCCCCAUCCAAGCCAGAAACCUCAACUUCCACCCGACGACCCUUGCCGGACCUGUUAGUUCGAAUUAUCGAUUGAAAUUGAUUGAUUAUUGAUUUUUCAGGCUCCAGAAGUCUCUCGGCCGCCUUCCGUCAGCGGAUCUCCCCGAAGAUCUUCUUCAAGGUGAACCCGAAGAUAAUUGAGACAAUAAAAAAUUACACCCAACAAGUUUAGCUUUGUUUUUCGUGUAUGAAAGAGGAUAGUGUUUGAAUGGAUUUGACCAGGAAAUUUUGAAUUUUUCUCGAUUUGGUACUUAUCCUUUGAGUCUUUCUUACUAAAAAUAAGCGACUUUUGAUUAAUUAUAGUAAUUUUAUUCGGUUCCUGCUGUUAGAGGAUCAUGUAGGCGGAAUUAUUUAUAUUUUUGGUAUUUUUUUAUAAGGAAGAAUAAAAAAAUAAAAAAAAGAAGGCUUUGUAAUGAAUUCCAGGCUGAUUUUGUUUGAAAAUCCUUUCUGGAAAGUCUAAAAAAUUUGGAAAGCCGAAAAUCUGUUUUCAGUGUCAUUUUUUUAGUAUUACAAAACUAUUUUCAACAUUUUCCAUUUUCUUGACCAAUAGUUUUAGAAGAAACUAGUUGAUUCUGAGAAAUCCAAGAAAAGAAAAAAAUCCCGAUAACUGUGUUUCUGACAAGCUAUCGAACUAUUGGAGCUAGUAUAAUUUUUUCCAAAAGUCAAAAAAAGUGGAAAAUGAAGAUUUUGAGCUGUAAAUCUUGCAGCAGAGGAUCCAGCGACCCGCUCAAGUUCCCCACGACCCUGAAACUGACGGCGCCGUUGAGAGCCUACUGCUCGAACGUCGCCACCCAAAACAAGGCCGAGAAUCGCGUCGAGAUCAUUUCCGAGACGGUCUUCUCCUCGUUCGACCUCUCGGUUGAGGAGUUGAAGCGUCGCUGCCAGGAGACGAUGCACGAAGUGGGUUGGGUCGGGUCAAAAAUACCUUUUUCCAGCCUUGGGGGACCCUUAUGGGGAAUCUUUGACCUUAAAAGUAAUUUAUUAAUAAAUUAUGCAAUGAAGAAUGGAUAGAUUCUGAAUUUCUAUAGCUUGCGGACAUGUCAAUAGACUCGCAUUUUGUGACAAAUAACAGGAUUUCUGCUUCAAAUGAAUGGUUUCUCUUCUGAAAAAAGCAUUUAGUCAAACAAAAAACACACACCGAUAAUAAAGAAAACACAAAUUAUUGCUAUCCCAAGCGAAACCUGUGUAAAAUCAUCAUUUUUCACCAAAGAAGCAUUUUUGCGAUCAAAGUUUGCAAUUCAUACAUGAAUAGAAAGCUUUUGUGACGAAAAUAACUUUGGUGACAACAGAAAGCAUUGAAAUUCGAAAGAAACGAAGAAAAAAGCGAAAAUCCAGAAGAUGGCGAAGCCUGUUGUCCAUAGAGAAACUUUACUGCAAAACGCUCUUUUUGCGUGAACUCAAACUUUCUUCUCUCCGACUUUGAAUAAUUUUUUUCUCUGAAACUAGGAACUUCUGUACGUUUCCAAGUUCACCGUUCGAUUCGCAAUGAUAAACUCUACAAAGUACUGCUUUGAACUGAAACACGGUUUUUUACUGCCCCUAUGUCUUUAAGAAAUACACAACUAAUUUGGCUUGAACAGCUCUUUUCAAAAUUACUGAUUAAAAUGUACGUGCAUUCCAAGUUUUUUGAGGAAAUUAGGCUGCGCCGGUCGACUUUGAAUUCACGUAACAGUUUAUAAAAUCAUACGUAAAUUCUAAAUCUCCUAUCAAAACUGCGCAAAAUACAAGAAUUUUCAUGUCAAAAGACGAUGCACAAAGUGAGGUUUACCUAGAAAAAUUGGUAAUUGGGUCAACCAAAAUAAAUCAUUUGAUUUUUUGAUAAAAUAGUGUGGGUAGUGUCGUUGAACUCUAGAACUGAGUAUCCUAAUAAAUUUUAAAAAAAACUUGAGAAACUAGGUCAAAAACCACAUAGUUAGUGACGCCAUCAGACUUCUAAAAAUGACGUCAUUCAGUGAGCUUACUAGGGAACGUUUUUUACCCCCCGGUUGAACUUUUGACGAAACUUUGCAGAGAUGUACUUUGAGGUCUCCUGAAUCCAGAACAAGAAAAAAAUUUCUCGCAAUAGACCUUGUUUUCGAGAUAUGCAGCCUCGAAGUUUGCACGCGAAAUCUGCGGAAGCAUGGAAGAGGAAAUAUGUUGCGCGCAGUGUCGGUGGAAUGCCAGUUGAUUCGUGGCAGAGUGGAAUGAGGGCGCGCGCUAUGUGCGAGCUGUGGUGGGUUCAAUCCCAUUUCGCUGCCAAAUUUUGCAAAACUCUUUUGCUAAAACUCCAAUCAUUCGAAACACUUGGUAAGCCAUUUUCCUGGAUGGAACGAAUUGAAAUAAAUCAAUUUUGUGGAAUAAAAAAAAUUUCCAUUCUCAACAGUUUUGAAAUGAUGAAUGAAAAUCAACUCGAGUAAAGUAUAACAAUAUGCAAAACACAACCAAUACAUUCAAAUCAAACAAAAUUUCAGCACUUAUGACAGAUUUGCGUUGGCAAAAGACGCUUCUUUUUUCUGAAGGUGUGGGCGCUUCGGAGAAUUCCUCCAUUACCCCCUUUUUGAAUAUAAAUAAUAUAGAAAUAUGAGAACUAUUAGGCAGAAGAGAAACAGAAAAAUCUUUCUGAAAAUUCAAAUGAAUAAAGGAAUACUGUUGCGAAGAGUUUGAAAAAUUGCAUCAUCCUUCUUUUAAAUAACAUUUGGCAAAAGAAAUUUUGCAAAAUUUGGCAGCGAAAUGGGAUCGAACCCACCACAGCUCGCACAUAGCGCGCGCCCUCAUACCACUCUGCCACGAAUCAACUGGCAUUCCACCGACACUGCGCGCAACAUAUUUCCUCUUCCAUGCUUCCGCAGAUUUCGCGUGCAAACUUCGAGGCUGCAUAUCUCGAAAACAAGGUCUAUUGCGAGAAAUUUUUUUCUUGUUCUGGAUUCAGGAGACCUCAAAGUACAUCUCUGCGAAGUUUCGUCAAAAGUUCAACCGGGGGGUAAAAAACGUUCCCUAGUUAGAGAUUUCUGUCUUCAUAUGACGUCACUAAAGGUGGUUUAUAGGUUAACUAGGUAAGAUUUAGGUCAAAUCUUUGGGAAAAAGUCGCUAAAUAAUUUGCAAAGUUGUAAUCAGCCGGAAAAAAGGUUCUAUACAGCGUUUUUGUCAGUGGAAGAAAAUGCAAAACGAAAAAUGAAGAGGGCGUGGUCAAAACCUCCGCCGUUCCGAUAUGACGUCAUGAGAAACACGCGUAAACAACAGAAAUAUUGAAGGCGCAUGUUCAUUGGGUCUUGAGACGAAUCGUUUUCUCUUUUCCAAAGAAACUUAACUUUUCUGUUUCCGUGGUCGAAGUGAUUCCGCGAAAUUCAAAAUAACCGCCAGAAAGUGAAAAAUAAAACUGAAUUUUCGAAAUGCAGAGAUGAUUUUGAUAUUUCUAUUCGAAACUUUAAUUAUUAAUUGAAAAAAUGAUGAAUAUUUUCAGACGAAAUGCAUUUCUGUGCAGCGAAACUCGAAGGACGACCUCAAAGACGGCCCCCAUUGAGAACACUUUGCGACGAAUUUUUUUGUCGGCGACCAGAUUUUCAUCCUCCAGAGCUUUACCGUCAUUGAUGUGUGUUUUAGGAAAUUUUUUUUUUGCAUCUUUUAGAAUUUUUUAGGUCCUUGAAAGGUCCUAUUGUUCUUUUUCCUUGUAAAAAUUUCAUUAUUUCACUUUUAUUAUCAAUUUUUCAACUUUGAUGUUUCUCAUAUACCUUUGGAUUAGCGAUGAAACUACAAACUUUUUUUUGAAAAUAUUCUGAACCUGGAAAACUUAUUUGAAAGCUUCAGAGGAAGGACCAAGACCUCGGCAUCGACAUCCGAGACGUUCGUGAGAUCUUUAACAUUUGUCAGACUGAGUACACGGACAACCGAGGAAGGUAAACAUGAGCAAUACGGCGUCAUUAUGAGCAAUUCUGAGCAAUUACAGAACCCACCGUGGAAUAAUGAGCAUCACGGCCGACCAGAAAAUCACUGGCACCCCUCAAAAAUACUGUUACGACGAAUCGUUCCUCAUUCGUUUCGGCGACAAUGAAUCGAUGAUUGUCGAGGAGAGGUGAAUUUCGAAAAAAAAAUGAGAAUUCCUUACUUUUUCAAAACAUUAUGUCUUGAACUGUUGAAAUUUGGCUAAUUUCGAAGGCCUACAGUAGCCUCAGGCGUAGGUUUUUCUUUCGCGACGAGACCUCCCUUUUUGGAUCUUUAAAAGUUUUUUGAUUGUUUUAAGGUGAUUUGACAUAUUUUCUGUAAUGUUUCUGAUCGGAAGGAAGCUUUCAGUAGUGAGUAACUCGGAGCAUUUGAAAAUUAGGUUGAAAUAUACUCUUAAAAGAAGUGCAGGCUCGUUUUCGUGUGAAUUUUGAUAGUUUUGCCCUCUUCAGUUGUAUUUUUCUCGAGUUUUUUGCAUCAUCUAGUUAUUGAACGCCAGUUUAGAUUUUCUGAAUCCUAAAAAAAAACCCGUAACACGAAGAUGAGGCCCAGAAAAAGCGAAAUAAAAGAAUAAAGAUAUACCUAUCGUAGCCCCAGGCGUAGUUUUUGUUUUCGCGGCGAGACCUCAUUUUUUGGAUUCCUAAAAGUUUUUUGAUUGUUUUAAAGUGGUUAGACCUAUUUUCUGUAAUGUUUUUGAUCGGAAGGAAGCUUCCGGUAGUGAGUAACUCGGAGCAUUUGAUAGUUGGGAGGGACAGAAAGUGGAUAGACUUUUGCACAUGUUUUCGUGCAAAUUUUGACGUUUUCAGCUACUUCAGUUGAAUUUUUCUCGAGUUUUUUGCAUCAUCUAGUUAGUAAACGCCAGAUUUGAUUUUUUGAAACCAAAAAGAUGUAUUCAUGAGAAGAUCAGGUUGAGAAAAAGGCAAAUUUUAAAAACAUAAGCCUAUCGUAGCUCCAGCCGUAGUUUUUGUUUUCGCGGCGAGACCUCACUUUUUGGAUCUUUAAAAGUUUUUUGGUUGUUUUAAGGUGGUUUGGAAUAUUUUCUAAAAUGUUUUUGAUUGGAAGGAAGCUUUCAGUAGUGAGUAACUCGGAGCAUUUGAUAAUUUCGAGGAAUAAAAAGUGGAAAGACUUUUGCGCAUGUUUUCGUGUAAAUUCUGACAUUUUUAGCUACUUCGGUUGGUUAUUUCUUGAGCUUUUUGCCUUCAUCCGUUACUGAACGCCGGUUUAAAUCUUAUGAAGCCAAAAACAAUCAAUUUCCUGAGCAAAAAGUCAAGAAAAAGCAGAAUAAAGGCGAAAAGAGAAACCUACCGUAGCCUCAUGUCUAGCUGUUGUUUUCGCGGCGAAACCUUACUUUUUGGAUCCUUUUGGUUUUUUGAUUGUUUUAAGGUGAUUUGACAUAUUUUUUGAGACUUUUUUGAUCAAAACUACGCUUUCUGUUGUAACUUAUCGGAAUCAUUCGUAAAUAACGUUGAAUUUACUUUGAAAAGACUUUUAAGCUCGUUUUCGUGGGAAUUUUGAUAGUUUCAGCUCAAUUGGUUGGAUUUCAUUCGAGUUUUUUGCAUUUAUCCGUUACUGAACGCCAGUUCUGAUUUUCUGAAGCCCAAAAAACCUAGUAACACAAAGAUAAGGCCAUGAAAAAACGAAAAAAAAGGCGAAAGGGUAGCCUACCGUAGCCUCAAGCGUAGUUUUCGCCUUCGCGGCGAGACCUCACUUUUUCAAUCCUUCAAAAUUUUUUGAUUGUUUUAAAGUGGUCGUAACUAUUAUCUGAAAAUUUAUUGAACCAAUUAAUGUCUGUAGUUAAGUACUAUGUCAAACAUUAGGAUAUGAAGUGGAAUAUUCUGUUAAAAGACGCGUAGGCUCGUUUUCGUGUGAAUUUCGAUAGUUUCAGCUUAAUUUUUCGGAUUUUCUUUAAGUUUUUUGCAUUCAUCCGUUACUGAACGCCAGUUUUUGAUUUUUCUGAAGCCCAAAAAAACCCAUUAAAACGAAGAUAAGGCAAAGAAAAAAAGCAAAAUAAAAAGGCAAAAAGAGUAGCCUACCGUAGCCUUAGACCUAUCCUUAGUUUUCGCAGCGAGACCUCACUUUUCGGAUCCUCCAGUGUUUUUUGAUUGUUUUAAGAUCAUUAGACUUAUUUUUUGAGACUUUUUUGAUCAAAACUACGCUUUCUGUUGUAACUUAUCGGAAUCAUUCGUAAAUAACGUUGAAUUUACUUUGAAAAGACUUUUAAGCUCGUUUUCGUGGGAAUUUUGAUAGUUUCAGCUCAAUUGGUUGGAUUUCAUUCGAGUUUUUUGCAUUUAUCCGUUACUGAACGCCAGUUCUGAUUUUCUGAAGCCCAAAAAACCUAGUAACACAAAGAUAAGGCCAUGAAAAAACGAAAAAAAAGGCGAAAGGGUAGCCUACCGUAGCCUCAAGCGUAGUUUUCGCCUUCGCGGCGAGACCUCACUUUUUCAAUCCUUCAAAAUUUUUUGAUUGUUUUAAAGUGGUCGUAACUAUUAUCUGAAAAUUUAUUGAACCAAUUAAUGUCUGUAGUUAAGUACUAUGUCAAACAUUAGGAUAUGAAGUGGAAUAUUCUGUUAAAAGACGCGUAGGCUCGUUUUCGUGUGAAUUUUGAUAGUUUCAGCUUAAUUUUUCGGAUUUUCUUUAAGUUUUUUGCAUUCAUCCGUUACUGAACGCCAGUUUUGAUUUUCUGAAGCCCAAAAAACCCAUUAAAACGAAGAUAAGGCAAAGAAAAAGCAAAAUAAAAGGCAAAAGAGUAGCCUACCGUAGCCUUAGACCUAUCCUUAGUUUUCGCAGCGAGACCUCACUUUUCGGAUCCUCCAGUGUUUUUUGAUUGUUUUAAGAUCAUUAGACUUAUUUUUUGAGACUUUUUUGAUCAAAACUACGCUUUCUGUUGUAACUAAUCGGAAUCAUUUGAUAAUGAAGUUGGAUUUACUGGGAAAAUACUUUGAGACCUGUUUUCGUGUAAAUUUUGACAUUUUUAGCAACUUUGGUUGGAUUUUUCUUGAGCUUUUUGCAUUCAUCUGUUAGUAAACCCCAGUUUUGCUUUUCUGAAGCUCAAAAAAUCCGAUUAACACGGAGAUAAGGCCAAGAAAAAGCGAAAUGAAAGCAAGAAGAGCAGUCUACCGUAGCCUCAGGUCUAGCUGUUGUUUUCGCGGCGAAACCCCACUUUCUGGAUCUUUCAUUGUUUUAAGAUUGUUUUAAGAUUGCUAGGUUUAUUCUCUGAGAUUUUUUUGAUCGAAAUGAUGCAUUCCAUUUGCGAAUAAUUGGUAUCAUUCGGAGAUGAAGUUAAAUUUACUUUGAAAAGACUUUGAGACUCGUUUUCGGGAGGUUUUUGAUAGUUUCAGCUUUAUUGGUUGGACUUUUCUUGAGCUUUUCACAGUCAUCAGUUACUGAAAACCAUUGUAGAUUUUCUGAACGCAAAAAAAAUUAUUAACACAGAGUCAAGGCCAAGAAAAAGCCAAAUAAAGACAAGUCAGGUAGCCUACCGUAGCCCCAGGCGUUGUUUCUGCUUUCGCGGCGAGACCUCUCUUUUGGGGUCUUUUAAUUUUCUUUGAUUGUUUUAAGGUGGCUAGACCUAUUUUCUGUAAUGUUUUUGAACAAAACAAUGCUUGCUGUUGCGAAUAAGUGGAAUAAUUCGAAAAUUAAGUGAAAUACAUUGUCGAUAGACUUUUAGGCUCGUUUUUGUCUGCAUUUUGAUAGUUUCAGCCUCUUCGGUUGGACUUUUCUUGAGCUUUUUGCAUUCAUCAGUUACUGAACAUUAGUUUAGAUUUUUUGAAGCCGAAAAAACCCAUUAACACGAAGAUAAGGCUAAUGAAAAAGCGAAAUAAAAGGCAAAAAAGUUGCCUACCGUAGCCUCAGGUGUGGUUUUUGUUUUCGCGGCGAUACUUCUCUUUUUGGAUCCUUCACAGUUCUAUAAGGUGGUCUCAAUUAUUUUCUGAAGAACUUUCAAACCAAUAAAUGCUUGUAGUCAAGUACUAUGUCAAAAAUUUGGAAAUUAGGUUGAAAUAUUCUGUUAAAAGACGCGUAGGCUCGUUUUCGUGUAAAUUUUGACAUUUUUAGCUACUUUGGUUGGAUUUUUCUUGAGCUUUUUGCAUUCAUCCGUUACUGAACGUCAAUUUAGAUUGCAUGAGGCCAAAAACAAUCUAUUUCCAGAGCAAAAAUUCAAGGAAAACCGAACUAAAAGCGAAAAGAGAAGCCUACCGUAGCCUCAGGCGUAGCUUUUGCUUUCGCGGCGAAACCACACUUUUUCAAUUCUUCAAAGUUUUUUGAUUGUUUUAAGCUCUGGAGGACUGUUUUUUGGAAAUUUUUUGAACUGAUGGAUGCUUUAAUAAAGUAAUAUGUCAAAAAUUUAGGGAAUGAGUGGAAUGUUAUGUUACUUGUAGACCUGUUUCGAAAAGAAAAAUAAAAUUACGAUUUUGAAAAGUCUUUACCAUUCUUCUCUCAGGUCGCUCAUCAAGCCCAGCCAGAUUGACGUGAAAGCCAAGGAGCUGAAGUGUCUCCACACCUUGGAACUCUAUGACCCCUCGGCACUGUAAGAAACACAAGUCUUCUUCGUUCUUGACCCCUUUGACGUCUUCAGAAUCAACUUGAACACGUUUAUCGUCUUCGAAGUGGGCGAAGCCUCGUGGGCCGGCCUGGACGCUCCAUCCAGCGACAAGACCUUCUAUUACCCCGAGGUUGUACCUUCUGAAAAUUAAUAAAAAAUUAUUGACCCUUGAGUUGAGUUCUUAUCAAUGGGUAGGCAUUGGGAAGAAUUAGUUUUGGAGAUACUUAGAUAUAUUUUUGAGCUGAGUUUUCAAGGCUAGAAGAUCUCUUAAACGGUCCAACACACACUGUAAAGUGGAUCAUCGUUGUUAUUGAUUUUUUUCGAAGUUGAUUAAUUUCCCGAGUUGAUUUCAUAUCUAUAAAUACGCAAAAAGUAACUUUAACCUAAAUUAAUAUUUAGAUAUUUUCGAAACAAUUUUCAAAACGAUAAAACGAACACCGUAAAGUGGAACAUCGUUGUUAUUGAUUUUUUCGAAGUUAUUGAUUGAUUUCUCAAGUUUUCAUCAAUGGGUUAAGAGUCGCAGGAGGUAGCUUAUUAGUUUAAUUUUCAUAAUUUACAUUUUUAGUUUUGAAUAGAAUUUUUUUGAAAAUAGCGUAAUUUGGAGUAUCGUUGGUUUUGAUUUUUCUGAAGUUAUGGAUAAAUUUCCUGAGUUCUUAUCAAUGGUUUAGAUAUCGUAGAAAGGCUUGAUAUUCCCCGGAAAGUUUAAUUUGCAAUUUUUUUGAAUGAAGUUUUUGAAGAAAAAGUGAAAUUAACUGUUUUUUUGCUCAUUUUUUUGUUACUUAACCUUUUUUUCAUGAUUUUUUUAAAAAAAUCUGAACUUUCACAAUUUCUUUCUAAUUUGGGCUGAGUAGAAUGAAUAGCCUCAAGGGCUUGAGGAAAAAAAUCGUUUUUCAUUAAGUUUCAAAAAGUUGGAAAUCUUUGGCCGGAACACUUGAAGUUUUUCUCAAUUUUGAGUCUUCUAAAGCUCUAACAUCAGUUUAGGGUUUCAAUCAUUUUUGAAAAAGGUUCUCACAUUGUCAUUUUUUGGUGCUAAAUCGAACAUUUCAUUAAAAAAAUUAUUUUUUUCUAUUUUAAUUUUUCUAAGCUGUUUUUUUCCGCUUUAUUCGCUCCUUUUUCUCAAUCCCGUGGCCGCCCGUGUAAUGGCUUGAAGCUUUGCUGUUAGAACUAGAUUCACAGCCAGAAUUAAAAAAUAUGAUUCAUAAAAGUCUGAAGUAUUUGGUGCAGUGGUUGUGUCGAGCCAUUCCAAGUGCGGCCAAAGUUACAACAAUUGAAAAGUACAAAACUUCUUUUCAGUUGAAGGCGACGAAUGGAGAAACUGCUUCUAUGGCCCAAAACUCCAGAAAAGUGCCACAUUCGGCGAUUUUGGUGAGCCCAAGUAGAACAUUGAAAAUUGCAGAUCUGUUUCAAAAUUCUGGGAACUUAGGCAAUUUCGAGUGGUCCCUAUAGGGGUUAGGGAAAUAACAGCCUCUAUAGGGGCCGAAAAGGUGGUCCCUAUAACCCCUGACCUCUUGGCCCCUGAAGCUUAAGUGAUCCCUAAAAGGGUUUUUCAUUUUUAUUCAAAAAAUGUUAUUUGUUCAGUGACAAUGCUUCAUCGCAUAGAGUUUAGAAAGUUGUCCUCUUUAGGGACCCCUUUUGCAAGCUUUAGUGGCCCUUUUAGGUUGGUACAGUGAUCCCUAGAGGGGACCCUAUAUAGACCACUCUGGAGUUCCUAAGAAUGGUAAUCAUCCAGAUCAGUCGUUUUUGUAGACUAAAUUCCGAAAAAAGCGAAUUUUGAGCCCUUUCUGCUUGUUCUCUGUAUCCUACUACUACGUUCUGCAGAUAAUAAGUUUUUUUCUUUCCGAGUACCUUCCAUAGGAUUUCGAAACAGUUCUGCGUCACUUCCUGAGUCGGAUGAAGCUCAAAACUCAUCUCCUUGACUUCAGAAGUCGACGCCGACGAAAAAUGCCGCACCGCAGAUGAGCAUGUCUUGUCCGCCGGCCCGACAGCGCGUCGAGUUCCCCGACACGUCCACUUCGGCUUCUUCCAACGCUUCGUCGACGUCAUCUUCCACUUCUUCUCGGAGACGUCUGAACUUUGACGGGCCUUCCAGGACGUAUUCUGUUGGUGGAUCCAGCUCUCGGCCAAACACCAGAUUCGCCUCGGCUUCUCCAGCUCGGCCCAGGACACCGUCAGCUCGCGAAGUCCUUUCCGCGGGUCAGAAGCUUGUCGGGGAUCCCGACUCUUUGAAGCUGGUAGCAAAGGCACCCACGUCAUCUACCUCGACGCCUUCAGCUCGCGAAGUCCUUUCCGCGGGUCAGAAGCUUGUCGGGAAUCCUGACUCCUUGAAUCUGGUAGCGAAGGCACCCACGUCAUCUACCUCGACGCCUUCAGCUCGCGAAGUCCUUUCAUUGAGCCAGAAGCUUGACCUGAAGCCCCUUUCGACUCCACCGAAGGCCACGACGCCUUCAGCUCGUGGAGCCCUGUCCUCGGGUCAGAAGCUCGACGUGGAGUUUUCUGAGCCUCCUCAGAAGCCUCAACUCCUGACACCGUUAGCUUCAGCUCCACCCACGUCUUCAAACCCGACACCACCAGCCCACGUGGCUCUCUCGUCGAGCCAGAAGCUCGAGUUCACUGAGCCUCCACAGAAGCCGCAAGCCCUGACGCCGGUCUUGACGACUUCAGUACCACCAAAGCCCGUUGCGCCUCUUCAUCAAACGUCGUCGACCUCGCAGUCCCUUCCCGCGGCGCCUCCAUCCAGCCCGGCUUCGUCUUCCUCGUCGUCGAAGUCGUCGUCCCGACCUCGUAAGUUUGGAGCUUCUUUUUUGAAUUCUGAAGGCUUGAAAACGUGAAUAUUUCGUGCCGCCGGCGCGCUCCCAGCGUCAGAUGAUCUCGUGGUGUAGUGGUUAUCACAUCUGUCUAACACACAGAAGGCCGGCGGUUCGAGCCCGCCCGAGAUCAAAUGUUUUUUGCCAUUUUUUUUUCAAAGUAUUUUCAAAGAAAUCGUAUAUAUUUCGAUAGCUUUUUGCAAGGCCUACAAUCUGGCGGGUAUAAUUAUGAAAAAAUCCUGUUUUUGGAAUAAUUUUUUUUUCAAAUUUUUCGAGGGUCAAGGAAGUUUUUCUGAAUUUUGGUGGCUCAACUUGCUAUUUUUUUAGCUUCUAGAGUUUUUGACGACUUUUGAAUGUCCCUCACGCUGUUAAUGAACUCUCUGAAGCCUCCUGAAAAUUUCCAGUUUGACAAUUUUUUUGAGACUGAUAAAAACUUGGUUUUGAUGAAAAGACGAUUGAAAAUUUUCAUUUUUCGAAGGCCGCCGCCGCGUCCGAUCGUCGUCCAGAAACACCCGGGGAAAAGUCGUGACCAAGGAGACGACGAUCGUGAAAGAAGUGAGGCAGAAGCCCGGAGAGCAGCCGUCGGUCACCGAAACGAUGGAAGUCGUCAAGACGAUUGACAAAAGUUUGCGAAAAUUAAGAAAAUGCGUGAAAAGUUGUGUGCAUUUGAAGCAUGUGGCCAAUAUGAUAUCAGUUUUGAGAUUUUCAUGUCCCUCAUUUUUCACUGAGCAACAUCAUUCUACUUCCUCUAGACUUCCUGAGACUCUUUAUUUCAAAUUUCUCAAGCUUUGAGAAUUUUCCAACCCUCCAAGAUUAUCUUAAAACUGUCUCCCAACUGCAUAAAGUAGAAGUUAUCCUUCAGCGCCACAAAAAUCGUUCCGAAUCGUCCAAAUCGACGAAAAGCCGAUUAAUGACUCGGUCCGCCUUGAACCGGAAAGCCUCAAUCAGAGCAUGCCCACGAUUUCGCCACACGAUUCAACGGAGACGAACGUCGAGAUUGAGAACUUUGUCAAGCCCUCCCCGAAGUCCGACUCUUUCGAAAAGCAUUAAGACUUGAUCUUUUCCAGGGCUCCCCUGAACCCGGCCCCGCCCACACCGAGAAGUGUCACCAAUCAGAUGGUCGUCAAUUUGGCGGAGAACGAGGCUGGGAAGAAUGGUGAAGAUUUGAGUAUUAGAACGAAAAAAAAGUUUAAAGGCGCAGGGAAAGUUUAGAUUAGAAGAUUUAAAGGCGCAGGGAGGAGUUUGAAGGAUGACAUUUAAAGGUGCAGAGAGUUCAUUUUGUAUUUUGAGAGCUUCAAAUAUGAGUAAAGGGAUCAAAAAAAGCCUGGGAUAGAAAAAUACCCUUCAUUAUCCGAAUCAGCCUGAAAAUUUUGAAAUUUUCAGCCUCAAAACUUUUGUUAAAAAAAAUAAUUCCAGUUUGAGCCGCUAAUCUGAGCAUUUUUAGAUUUGUCGAUCAUAAAAUUGAGUAAAAAAUUGUUGAAACGACGUCAAAAUUUUUAUUUUUAUCAGUUAGAAACAUAUUUUCCAGUUUUUUCCAAUUUUAAGCGUUCAAAGCUCUCAAAACUGUGUCUUUCUAGUUCAUUUCAGCAUCUAGAUUGUAGACCUCUCGAUAAGCUUCUGAAAAAUAUAUCAUUUACCGCAUAAAACGCUAAAAAGAAAAUGGCAAAAAGGAGUUUGAUCUCGGGCGGGCUCGAACCGCCGGCCUUCUGUGUGUUAGACAGAUGUGAUAACCACUACACCACGAGAUCACCGGCAGUUUGGCCUGCGCCGGCGGCACUUCCCUCCUCUCUGCUUUCUUUUCACUGGAAUACCAGAAUUUUAAAAAAUUUGGAAAAAUACAAUUUUUCAAUUUUUGAAUAUUUUUCUUUAAGAAUGAUGGAUUUAGAUGAGAAACCGAAAGCGCGAAAGAUGUUCAACAAGAAAUUGACGUUGAACGGCGUGGUUGACAAGACGCCCUACGAGUUCAACUUGUUCAUCCAUCUUGAGGUUGGAAAUUCUUUGAAAAUUCGUAUUUUCUCAUUAAAUUAACAUAUUUAGGCCUACAAUGACCCUAACUUUGAGCCAACGAAAAUCACACUUGAGGGCGAUGUUUUGUGGCAAAAAACUUCGGAUUGGGCGCCGAUUAAGGACAACACUAGUCAUGUAAGUGGCGAAAGUUUUAUGAUUCUGAAUAUUUGAAGCAAUUUUCGAAAAAGCCAUGAAAUUCCAGUUUUGCAGACGAAAACACUCGCUGUGCAGGCGAGUGAGAUUACCAGUGAGGAGGAGAAGUCGAAUGGCCAGAAGAAGUAG